AGUUUCACUUCCUGUGGUGUCAAAGUUCGGCAGCUAGCAGAUAAACAACCUGUUAGCAUAGAGUAAACUAUUUUUUUUCCUGCGAAAAUGGAUGUAAAUCAGGCAAAACAAGAACAUUUACUCGCUUUAAAAGUGAUGCGGCUAACAAAACCGACGCUCUUCACAAACUUACCAGUGACAUGUGAAGAUCGAGACCUGCCGGGGGAUUUGUUCGCUCAACUCAUGAGAGAAGACCCUUCCACCAUCAAAGGAGCAGAGACAUUAAUGCUGGGAGAAAUGCUUACUUUACCACAGAACUUUGGGAAUAUUUUCCUUGGCGAGACCUUCUCCAGUUACAUCAGCGUGCAUAACGACAGCAACCAGGUGGUAAAAGACAUUCUCGUGAAGGCCGACCUGCAGACGAGCUCACAGAGGCUCAACCUGUCCGCGUCGAACUCGGCAGUAGCUGAGCUCAAACCUGAGUGCUGCAUUGACGACGUCAUUCACCAUGAAGUUAAAGAAAUUGGAACACACAUCUUAGUGUGCGCGGUCAGCUACACCUCUCAGUUCGGGGAGAAACUCUAUUUUCGGAAGUUCUUCAAAUUCCAGGUUUUGAAGCCGCUGGACGUGAAGACAAAGUUCUACAACGCAGAGAGUGACCUCAGUUCUGUGACAGAUGAAGUGUUUUUGGAAGCCCAGAUCCAGAACAUCACCACCUCUCCGAUGUUCAUGGAGAAAGUAUCUCUAGAACCCUCCAUGAUGUACAACGUUACAGAGCUCAACUCUGUCGCGUCUGGGGACGAAGGGGAGUCCACGUUUGGCAAAAUGUCCUACCUGCAGCCAAUGGACACGCGGCAGUACCUGUACUGCCUGAAGCCGAAGCCGGAGUAUGCGGAGAAGGCCGGCGUCAUCAAGGGCGUGACCGUGAUAGGGAAGCUGGACAUCGUGUGGAAGACUAACCUGGGGGAGAGGGGGAGGCUGCAGACCAGUCAGCUCCAGAGAAUGGCUCCGGGAUACGGAGACAUCAGGCUGUCUUUGGAGGUGAUCCCUGACACUGUAAACCUUGAAGAACCCUUUGACAUCGUCUGUAAAAUCACCAACUGCAGUGAAAGAACCAUGGACUUGGUGAUGGAGAUGUGCAACAUGAGGUCGAUCCACUGGUGUGGAAUAUCAGGACGGCAGCUGGGGAAACUCACCCCCAGCGCCUCCCUCUCGCUGCCGCUCACCGUCUUCUCCUCUGAGCAGGGACUGCAGAGUAUUUCUGGACUGAGACUCACCGACACGUUUCUAAAGAGGACAUACGAAUACGACGACAUUGCACAAGUGUGCGUGGUGUGUCCGUUUAUGAGCAACGAGUGCUAGAUGUUUUACCAGCAUUUGUUUUUUUUUUUGCAUUUAUGGAUAUGAAUGGACCAACUAUGGAAUUCUGCACUAAUAUUUCACUUUUUUUCAACUUAACGGGAUGAUUCUGUAUUUUAGAAGAAUUGUGAAUAAUAUAAAUUGUUUCCUUUGACAAUAAUCAUGUAAAUGUGUGUAAGUUAAUAAAUUCAAUGUAAACUUUGAAUCUUCUACCGAUGCUAACAUUUGCAAUGUUAUGAUACUCUGGUUUUUGCUAUAAAACUGUUAAGACAUCCACAAAAGUAUUUAAUUUAAAGCCUAUUUUCUUCAUUUUGAAUUAUCAUUAUUUUUCACCCACGUGUAAAUUGAGACACACUUCUAUAAGGAGAAACUUCAAUGCAGUCAUAUUCAACAAUAUGUCAAUCCAACUGGUUUGUUUGCAAUCCAACAUAACUAAAAAUACUUUGAUUUA